AGGGAUUUGCUUAAAACCCUUGACAGUUGCAGAGCCCACCGAAGUUCGAACCUUGUGACUCUCGAUCGCAUGGCGGAUUUAUCAAAUCGCUAUUCUUACAACCCAACUCUUCAAUGGAACCCUCAAGUUUAUGACUACUUCGUCAAAGCUUAUGGCUCCGACCACUUCUCUCGCAUCUCUAAAGCUUUAACGCGCCCGUCUUGCUACUCUUGUGUUCGUGUGAAUACGCUCAGGUCUGCAAGUGACGAUGUUAUCGAGAAGCUGCAAUCAGUAAUGAAUAAAUCGGGAUCUGAUAAUGAUCUGGACUCAAAGUGUGGUUCAAGUGGGGCCAGUGAUAUCCAGGAUUUAGAAUUCAGUGGAAAUAUAACUCUGGGACAAACGGAAGAUAAGGCUGAUCCUUUGAAGACGUGUUUACAGGCUGCUUCAGUCUCGAAGUGUCAGAUUCCGGGCCUAGAUUAUGUGGUACUUGUUCAGGGUUCGGGACCGCACAAUAUCAGUUAUGAUUAUACACAUGAUAGACCUCCUAAGGAAGUCCUUGUUAGCAGGAAAUGUGCCGAGGCAGUUCUUCGGGGUGCCCAGGUAUAUGUUCCUGGUGUAAUGGCUUGCAGUGCUCAUGUUGAGACAGGAGAUACAGUUGCGGUCUCAGUUGCUGUGGAGCAGCCAGGUGUCAGUGGUGGAUGGGGUAUUGGUAUGACACGUGGUACUGUACUACAAGGGUCACAAGCAGAUCCUUAUUAUUUUGAACGGAGUGGGCUCUAUAUUGGCCAAGGAACAACGAUGAUGUCAAGGGCUGGAAUGUUUCGUGUUUCUAAAGGAGUGGCUGUGGAUAUAAAGGAUAGAGUAUAUGAACUUCCAUCUUUUCAUAAUUUGCUUGAGGGAGAAAUAUUUCUUCAAAACCUGCCAAGUAUUAUUGCUGCUCAUGCUUUAGAUCCACAAAAGGGAGAGCGUAUACUAGACAUGUGUGCUGCACCUGGAGGGAAAACAACUGCAAUUGCAAUACUUAUGAAAGAUGACGGAGAGAUCAUUGCAGCUGAUAGAUCUCAUAACAAGGUGAUGGAUAUUCAGAAAUUGGCAGCUGAAAUGGGAUUACGUUGCAUAAAGACCUAUAAAUUAGAUGCUCUUAAAGCUGUUUGCCGAAGAAAUGAACCAGAUAAUUUGACCGGUUCAUAUUGUGGCAAUGCUGACAAUGAUGUGACAGAUCAAGUUCCUGAUUCAUCAAUUUUAAAUGCUGAAAGAAUGCCAUCUAGUGAUAUAAAUUGGUUAAAUGUUAAUAAGACCGUGGAGGAAAAUGUUGGUAACAAUGAAAAGGAAAAGAAAGGAACAUAUGCUAGCAAAGCUGAAAUCCGGAAGAGUAUGCGAAGGGAGCGAAAUGGACCUGGAAGAAAUCAGUCCCUGGGUGGGAGGGUUGAGAAGUCAAAAGGUUUUCCUCCUAACAGUUUUGAUAGAGUUCUUCUUGACGCUCCUUGUUCUGCCCUUGGUUUAAGGCCUCGAUUAUUUGCUGGAGAGGAAACAAUUGAAUCCUUAAGAGCGCACGCAAAAUACCAAAGGAGAAUGUUUGACCAGGCUGUUCAAUUAGCUCGUCCUGGUGGAGUAAUUGUGUAUUCCACUUGUACAAUAAAUCCUGGUGAGAAUGAAGCAUUGGUUCGAUAUGCUUUGGACACAUACAAUUAUCUGUCAUUGGCCCCACAGAACCCUAGAGUUGGAGGACCUGGACUGGUUGGUCGCUGUGAAUUUCCUGAUGGAUAUGUAGAGGAGUGGUUAAGACCUGGUGAGGAAGAACUUGUGCAGAGGUUUGACCCAUCCUCUCCGCUUGACACAAUUGGGUUUUUCAUUGCUAAAUUUGCUGUUGGAUCUAAAGAUACCAUGUGACUUUGGGAGCGUUACCCUCGGUAGCUGGGUCCAUCUUACUUCAGAAUAGCCAUUGGAGCUGGCCCUCCACCGGACUUUGGAAAUCUCUUAAUUAUGACGCGACAUGUGCUCUAGGAGUGUAAUGGAGGAGAUGCGGUAAAAAGAGAGACAAGGUGAGAUUCUCUCCUCAAUGGGUCUCGCCCCUUAUUUCUGAGGGAGAAUUACUAUGAAGUUCCAAGAAAUAAACGUAAUUAUUAAAAGGUCUCAUAACUAGCGAGAGCAUGCAAGGCAAUAAUAAUAGUUUCAUGCUAAUAACUUGUUAUCGGAACUUGAUCCUCUCUACUAUUUGAGAGCAUUCAAGUUACAUAUGCUCCAUGUUACUGAAGCUUUCUCUUUGGAUCUGGUCCUCACUUCAUACCCUAAAAAGCAAUGCCACUGAAGGUGGUCGAGGAGAUUUUUUAAGCACAAGACUUGGUCGCAGUUUUUCAGAGCGUUUGCUAACAGACUCUUUGAUAAGAAUUACUUGUAAAGCAAAGAUGAAGGAAUUGUUUGAGUAACCAAAUCAUGUAGCGUUAAUUCUCAAAAGAAUUUCACUUGUAAUAUUCUUAUUGAGGCGUUUAGUAGUGAAUAUUAGAAAAUGACCUGUUCUGUCAUUAUUGUAUUUGGCUACUGUAAGGGAGAGCCACAUGCGCACAUUCUAUGCAUCGAUGCAAGAAACCAGGAAAGUGCAGAUUAUUGAAGCCCUUUAGUAGCGAAUAUUAGAAAAUUAUUAACA